AUGGCUCUGCCACCAUACCCGCUUCCGCCGCACCUCCUUUCACCGUACCUGCUUCCACCGCGCCUGCUAUUACCGUGCCUGCUGCCAUCAUGGUUGGGACUCAUCAGGCACCAACGGCACAUGGCUCUGCCACCCGGUGAAGCUGGCACCAACGGCACAUGGCUCUGCCACCCGGUGAAGCUGGCACCAUUCCUGCUUCCACCGUACCCACUGUCACCGUACGGUCUUUUCCUGCUUUCAACGUCCCUGCAGCCAUCAUGGUUGGACAUGUGCGAGGACUCAUCGGGCACGAGCGGCACAUGGCUCUGCCACCAUACCUGCCUUCACUGUACUCGCUACAACCAUACCUACCGCCACCCUGCUGCUUCCACCCCACCUGCUGCCAUCGUGGUUGGGAAUGUGAGAGCUCUCAUCAGGCACCAGCGGCACGUGGCUCUGCCACGCUCUCAUCAGGCACCAGCGGCACGUGGCUCUGCCACCAUACCUGCUUUGACCAUGCCUGCUUCCACCGUACCUACUUCCACCGUACCUACUUUCACCCCACCUGCUGCCAUCGUGGUUGGGAAUGUGCGAAGACUCAUCAGGCACCAGCGGCACGUGGCUCUGCCAACCAUUGAAGCUGCCUGCCAGCAGCACCGCGUGGCCGUCGCCCCAAUACUCCACCUCCACCUGAUGAGGGAGAGAGGGGGGGUGACAGGAGGAGGGGGGUGA